CGGCCGGUUCCGGCUGAAUGUCAGUGCGGGGCUGUGGGCUGGGGAGCAAGGUGCUUGGCGGUCUCUCCACCGCUCCCACCGCCACCGGCUGGGCUUGAGAUGUCGCCGCGGACGCCGGGCCGCUGGGCGGAUCGGACAUGAAACCGUGAGGCAGGCGACGGGGGCUGGUCUGCGGACAUGUUUGGCCGCUCACGGAGCUGGGUAGGCGGGGGCCACGGCAAGUCUUCCCGCAACAUCCACUCCUUGGACCACCUGAAGUACCUGUACCAUGUUUUAACAAAAAACACCACUGUCACAGAACAGAACCGGAACCUGCUUGUGGAGACCAUCCGUUCCAUCACUGAGAUCCUGAUUUGGGGCGAUCAGAAUGACAGCUCUGUGUUUGACUUCUUCCUGGAGAAGAACAUGUUUGUUUUCUUCUUGAACAUUCUGCGGCAGAAAUCAGGCCGUUAUGUGUGUGUCCAGCUGCUACAGACCUUGAACAUUCUCUUUGAGAACAUCAGCCACGAGACAUCACUCUAUUAUUUGCUGUCUAAUAACUAUGUAAAUUCGAUCAUUGUCCAUAAAUUUGACUUUUCCGACGAGGAGAUCAUGGCAUAUUACAUAUCGUUCCUGAAAACACUUUCAUUAAAGCUCAACAACCACACUGUCCAUUUCUUUUACAAUGAGCAUACCAAUGACUUUGCCCUGUACACAGAAGCCAUCAAGUUCUUCAAUCAUCCCGAAAGUAUGGUUCGAAUUGCCGUGAGAACCAUCACCUUGAAUGUCUACAAAGUGGAUAACCAGGCCAUGCUGCACUACAUCCGAGACAAAACCGCCGUCCCAUACUUCUCCAAUUUGGUCUGGUUCAUUGGGAGCCACGUGAUCGAGCUUGACAACUGUGUGCAGACGGAUGAGGAGCACCGGAAUCGGGGGAAAUUGAGUGACCUAGUGGCUGAGCACCUGGACCACCUGCACUAUCUCAAUGACAUCCUGAUCAUCAACUGUGAGUUCCUCAAUGAUGUACUCACGGACCACCUGCUCAACAGGCUCUUCCUGCCGCUCUACGUGUACUCCCUGGAGAACCCUGACAAGGGAGGAGAACGACCAAAAAUCAGCCUGCCCGUGUCCCUCUAUCUUCUCUCCCAGGUCUUCCUCAUUAUACAUCAUGCCCCGCUGGUGAACUCUCUGGCUGAAGUCAUUCUGAAUGGUGAUCUAUCUGAGACAUACACAAAGCCUGCACAGGAUGUUCCCAGAAGUUCUGCCAAGCCCAGCAUCCGGUGCUUCAUUAAGCCCACUGAGACACUCGAGCGGUCCCUUGAGAUGAACAAGCACAAGGGCAAGAAGCGGAUGCAAAAGAGACCCAACUACAAAAACGUUGGGGAGGAGGAGGAGGAGGAGAGAGGGUCUACUGAAGAUGCGCAGGAAGACGCUGAGAAGACUAAAGGUACAGAGGGUGGUUCAGAAAGCAUGAAGACAAGUGGGGAGCGUGAAGAAAUUGAGAUGGUGAUCAUGAAGCUCGGCAAGCUCUCGGAGGUGGGUGCUGCCGGGGCCUCGGUGCAGGAGCAGAACACCACAGACGAGGAGAAGAGCGCUGCCACGAGCUUAGAGAAUGCACAGUGGAGCAGACCCUUCCUGGAUAUGGUAUACCAUGCCCUGGACAGCCCUGAGGAUGAUUAUCAUGCCCUCUUCGUGCUCUGCCUCCUCUACGCCAUGUCUCAUAACAAAGGCAUGGAUCCUGAAAAACUAAAACGAAUCCAGCUCCCAGUGCCAAGUGAGGCUGAGAAAACCACCUACAACCAUCUGCUGGCCGAGAGACUCAUCAGGAUCAUGAACAAUGCUGCCCAACCAGAUGGCAGGAUCCGGUUGGCUACACUGGAGCUGAGCUGCCUGCUCCUGAAGCAGCAAGUACUGACCAGCUCUGGCUGUGUCAUCAAGGAUGUGCACCUGGCCUGUCUGGAGGGUGCAAGAGAAGAGAGUGUCCACCUUGUACGUCAUUUCUAUAAGGGAGAAGAGAUUUUUUUGGACAUGUUUGAAGAUGAGUACAGGAGCAUGACAAUAAAGCCCAUGAAUGUGGAGUAUCUCAUGAUGGAUGCUUCCAUCCUCCUGCCCCCAACGGGCACUCCACUGACUGGCAUUGACUUUGUGAAGCGGCUGCCAUGUGGUGAUGUCGAGAAGACACGGCGGGCUAUCCGGGUAUUCUUCAUGCUGCGAUCACUGUCACUGCAGCUGCGAGGGGAACCUGAAACCCAGUUGCCACUGACUCGGGAGGAGGACCUGAUCAAAACAGAUGAUGUCUUGGAUCUGAAUAACAGUGACCUGAUCGCAUGUACAGUCAUCACCAAGGAUGGCGGUAUGGUCCAGCGGUUCUUGGCUGUGGACAUUUACCAGAUGAGCCUGGUGGAACCUGACGUGUCCAGACUCGGCUGGGGAGUGGUCAAGUUUGCUGGCCUUCUGCAGGACAUGCAGGUGACAGGAGUGGAGGAUGACAGCCGUGCCCUGAACAUCACCAUUCACAAGCCUGCCUCCAGUCCACACUCUAAGCCCUUCCCUAUCCUGCAGGCCACCUUCGUGUUCUCUGAUCAUAUCCGCUGCAUUAUUGCCAAGCAGCGCCUGGCCAAGGGCCGCAUCCAGGCCAGGCGCAUGAAGAUGCAGAGGAUAGCUGCCCUUCUGGACCUCCCAAUCCAGCCGACAACGGAAGUCCUGGGAUUUGGACUCUGCUCCACCUCCCAGCACCUGCCUUUCCGUUUCUAUGAGCAGUGCCGCCGAGGCAGCAGUGACCCCACAGUGCAGCGCUCUGUGUUUGCGUCUGUAGACAAGGUGCCAGGCUUUGCUGUGGCCCAGUGCAUAAACCAGCAUAGCUCCCCAUCCCUGUCGUCACCAUCGCCACCGUUUGCCAGUGGGAGCCCCGGCGGCAGUGGGAGCACCAGUCACUGCGACUCAGGAGGCUCUUCCUCUGCACCCUCAGCAACCCAGAGCCCAGCAGAUGCCCCCACAACUCCAGAGCAGCCUCAGCCUCACCUAGACCAGUCAGCGAUUGGGAAUGAAAUGGAUGUCAACUCCAAGCCCAGCAAGAACUCUUUGGCCAGGAGCUCUGAGGGGGAGGCCAUGCACUUGUCCCCUAGCCUCCUCCCCGCCCAGCAGCCCACCAUCUCCUUACUCUACGAGGACACUGCUGAUACACUGAGCGUCGAGUCGCUGACCCUUGUCCCCCCAGUUGAUCCCCACAGCCUCCGAGCCCUCUCUGGCAUCUCCCAGCUCCCCACGUUGGCUGCAGCAGACACAGAGACCCCAGCUGAGGGUGCUGUAAACCCAGAGCUUGCGGGCCCCACAGAGCACUGAGUGGGCACCAGAGAUCUCCCUUUGUGUGUGCGGCCCGCUGGUAGGGACCCCCAUGCAGUUUGUGACAACAAGGCACAUGGAAGGCACCCACAAUUCUCUGUGGCCCUCCUCAUACCUCUCCCUACAAGACAGCAACCAAGCGCUCAUUUGCUCUGCCCUGUCACUGAGCAGGCUGGGAUCCUGGAGACAGCCUCCUGUGUAGAGACAACGCAUUGGCCACCUCAGAGGGGUCUGGAGCCCUGUCCCUCAUCCUGACAGCUGCAGGAGACAAGACACACUGGCACCCUCCUUCAGGCAGCUCCUUUAUCUUCUCUCCCAGUCUGCACAGAGGUGGACAAGGUUACUUUGGGUAGAAAUCUGUGGAGAAGCAAACCUAGAUAAACAUCUCUUUGGGCUAUUUAUUUCUGUUUUUGGCAACAGAUGAAGAAAUUUAUUUUAAAAGAAUCUAUUUUGGGGGAGGGGCAGAAAGAAAAAGUCCUCAACCAUAAGGCUCAGAGUCACAUUAGAAACGUCAGCUGUUAAGACUCCCCAUCCUUAUAACUUUUCCAUGUUUUUAUUCUUAAGUUGUGGGUGUUACUUCCUCUGUUUGCUCUGUCCCCAAGUCUACAAGCCUAUGGGAUGAUGAAGUCUCUCCUUGAAACACUGAGGUACUUCCGAACAAAGUGAGAGAGACCUGAGUGCGCUCAGGUCACAUGGGGUGAGAAGGCCAGAAGUUUCUGCUCUCAUGUGACCCGGAUGGCGUCUGCUCCCUGCUCAGGACACCACACAGACACAGCUUCCGCAGGCUUGCUUCCUUCUCUCUUCCUCCAAGAAAGAUCCAUUAGUCCCAGUGUCCAUGACAGGAAUCAAAGGAUUUAAGGCACAGAAAGUCAUCCUCAGAUGUAAUCAGCUUCCCAAGAUGCAAGUGGAUGCCCAGCUAGGGGCCCAGCUGCAAAACAGGUGACCAAAAGCAGAAUCCCACCCUUCCCUCCCACCCCACCCUGCCCUUUGUUGCCACCACACAGCUUGUUUGGGUGUGAAAACCCCAUACUUCUAGGUAUGUGCCAUCAAGGACCAAAUCUGUCCCAUCAGGCCCCAGCCUUCCUCUGCACUCAACAGCCAGGUCACCGCUCCAGGCUCCAUGGCAAGGCUCUCUAUGGCUUUCCUGCAGAUUUGGCCUCACACAGUUUCAGUAUCCACCAAAGGGGAGCCACAAGGGUACCCCUGGGACACGUGUCACCAUCUGUUCAUCAUUAGACCUUGACACUCUGUUAAGCUGACUUCCCUGCAGGCCCCAGUGCUCGGUUUUCCAAGGGAAAGCAGUGCUCCCUGGGAAAGCAGUGUUACCCAUGUGGACUGGCUUCUCUGGUCUUUAGAAGCACUCCAGAGCAUAUACUGUCUAAGACACAAGAUGGUUUCAAAGAGAAGGCUGGAUCAGGAGGUGAACCAACCUUGCCUAGAGGCAGCCAUCCCAAAAGCCCUGGUAAAGAAGGGUGUUCCAGGAUAUUUAGCCCCUGGGAAGACAAGAGAAUGAUGGCACUGGGAACUAGAGCUUUCUGGACCCCACAGCCAACCUUGAUUAUUUGAAGGGAGAGGCAGACAAAGGAGCAGGUUAGCCCUGUCUUCAGCACAACUGUACACUACAGGUUUUGAAAUGACAGUUGCUAGGGCAGCAUAAAUGUUAUACAAUUCAAGUGACUCUCCACCCUGCAGUGUGGUCUUCAAAGAAAAGCCUACAGCCACCCUAACCCACAUAUACAGGUAGGCCCAUCCUUCUGUGAUGAGCCUCUUUGCAAUCCAGAGGUUUCAAGGAAGGGAAAAGAUUGUGCCCAAGGUGGUCAGCAAACAAAGGGUAGCUGCUAUGUAAAAUUCACCAAGAACAAGCCUGUCCACACAGCUGGCUUGUAAGGUUGCUCCCAGGGGGUUCCUGCAGCCAGCAGCCUAAGGGUGAGCAAAUGUGGACUUCCUAUGUGCAGAACUAUGGCUCAUUGCUGAUGAGGGAUGGGGUCCUGGAGGAAGCAAUAGGACCUCAGGACUCUGAAGAAGUACGCUCACCUAGGUCUUGGUGGCAUUGGGUACCAUCCAGUCUUCAGGACCACUCUGCUAACUUGGCAACUGUGCUCUCCAGACAGACCUAGCCAAUGAGAACCUGCUGGGUCUCGGUAGGAUUGAGGGAUACCAGGUCCAGUAGGAUCCCACAGCUCCUAACCUGGGGGUCCCAGAAUCAGUCUCCAAAAUCACUGGUCCCAUCUCUUAGGCAAUGCCUGCCAUGUCUGCCCUUCUGCAGCUGCCCCAGGGCAGACUAGCAGAGCUGGCUUCUAACCCCUCUUCUCAGCUUUGACUGUCACCAUGGUGACAUGCAGUGCUGCCUCCUCCCAUUUGUAGUCUUAGGCAGGUGGAACACUUCCCACAAGUCAGACUCAGUGUGGUGGUGAGCACCCUAUACAGUGGAAGUGGUGGAGAGGCUUCUAGAGCAGACCGCUCUGCUCCUCUAUCCACCAGACACUUGCAUUGCCAGGAGUUGGCUGACUCCAUCCUAAGGAUGGCACUGGCUUUCUCUGUGCUCUCUGACAUGCAGUUGUAAAUAAGGCAUGGGUAAACCAAGUCUGAUCUUUUGUAGAUGCAAUAAAUAUAUUUCACACAGUCACAAGGGGCAUAAGGUUAAAUGCUUCUUCCCUCCCUCAGAGCUGAAGCUGUGAGGAGAGAAGUGGGGCGGGGCAGAGCUGGGAAGGUCUACCCAGGGAAGCACCUGCUUCUGCUGGCAGGACUCAUACUUUGUGGGGACUGAACCUGGGGGGAGGAAUGAAAGCUAGAACUUUCUUGUAAUUUGAAACUUGGCAAUAAAAGGCAAAACCAAUGGCC